AUGUUGUCCACGACCCCUACGGUCGCGAUGGCCGCAACGCACGAGUGCGAGUUCUUCACGCCGUGGUGCGACCCCGCGUCGUUCUACCUGUACCUGGCCAUGUCGCUGCUGCUGAUCUGCGCUGCCGGUAUGAUGGCCGGACUCACCAUGGGCCUCUUGUCGCUGGACAUGCUCAACAUGCGCAUCCUCGAAAUGGAGGGGUCCGAGGACGAGAAGAGGUACGCCAAGCAGGUGCUGCCCGUGCUGACCAAGCACCACUUGCUGCUGGUGACGCUGCUGAUCGUGAACGCCAGCGCCAAUGAAGCGCUCCCCAUCUUCCUCAACAAGCUGGUGCCCGAGGCCGUCUCCAUCCUGCUGUCCGUGACCUGUGUGCUGCUCUUCGGUGAGAUCAUCCCGUCCGCGGUGUUCACCGGCCCCAACCAGCUCAAGAUCGCUGCAAUGCUGUGCCCCUUUGUGAAGCUUCUGAUGGCUAUCACGUGCCCCAUUUCGUAUCCGAUCAGCCGCGUGCUCGACAUGUGGCUAGGAGACGACCACGACCCGGCCCAGUACAAGCGCAAGGAGAUCAAGGCUUUGGUGACGCUGCAGCGUGAGAAUGACGCGGCGCGCCGCUCGUUCGUUGAUCACAUCCGCCAAUCGCAGCAACUGGAGGACACCCCGACGCACUCGCACACGGUCACUACGAUGUCUGCAAUUGGAGACAAGCAACCGUUGUUGACGCCGCACUCGCUGUACGAGGACUCGGCACAAGGAACGCGUCUGCAUGUGGAUGAAGUCACAAUUAUUCACGGCGCUUUGGAUCUGGCUGCCAAGACUGUCACGGAGGUGAUGAUUCCCAUGGAAGACGUGUACAUGCUGGAGCUGGACACGGAGCUUUCACCUGACGUACUGGCCAGUGUACUGGCCUCGGGUCACAGCCGUAUCCCGGUGUAUGAAAAACACAAGUCGAAUAUUGUGGGUCUGCUGCUCGUGAAGAAGCUCAUCGUGCUGGAUCCAGAUGACCGCCGUCCGAUUCGCGAUUUGAUUCUGCGUAAGCCGAUCAUUGCUGGACCUAGGGAAUCGUGUUACUCCAUCUUGAACGAGUUCCAGAAAGGUCGAUCGCACAUUGCGCUAGUCACGGAGGAUGUCGACGUGGUGUUGAAGUGUUGGAGCUUGGAUGAGGAAAUCCCUAACAGCGUCGUAUUCCAGGGCAUAGUGACUUUGGAGGAUAUUUUAGAGGAACUCAUCCAGGAGGAAAUUGAAGACGAGAGCGACGUGUACGUUCACGAUAUCGUGGACUACUGGCAGGCUCGCUAUCGCAAGGUGGUCAAGGGCACUGGACCGGCUUUCGUGAAGAAACGUCUGCGUCUUCUUGCGGAACGUGCUCGUCGUCGUGUGAAAAGCCGUCACUCCAAAAAGGCCGCAGAAACAGCGACUGCCAGUUCCAUGAGGGCCGCGGGUAAAGCUCAACUCGAAGCUCCUAUAGAGAUCAAGGUGGUGAGCGAGAAAACCCCUCUUCUGUAGGCACCACAUGAGUAACU